AUGACCGAAGUUGGUUGGUGGAAGCUGACUUUCCUCCGGAAAAAGAAAUCCACUCCCAAGGUGCUGUAUGAGAUCCCUGACACCUACACCCAAACGGAGAGCGGCGCAGAGCCCCCAGGGCCUGACGGCGGGGGCCCCAACGGCCACUUCAACGCCCGCUUGGAGAAGAUUGUGGACAAGAGCACAAAGGGGAAGCACGUCAAUGUCUCCAAUUCGGGCCGCUUCAAAGAGAAGAAGAAAGUCCGAGCCACGCUGGCGGAGAACCCCAACCUCUUUGAUGACAGGGAGGGCAAAGGACAGUGA